ACUGCUCUCUGGAGCAGCCCGUGUGUUAUUAAUGAGGGAUUGGGUUGGUAGAAAGGGAUAGUGUCAAUGCUAAGUGCAGAAUCCCAGUCUCUCCAAGCUAUAGCAGCCUGGUAUGAGUUCUGCAGAGCUCAAUUUCAAGGACUGGUAACAAAUCUGGAGGCAGACUUACAUCAGAGCACCCAGCAUCAUUUAAAUCCAAAAUGUCAGAUUGAUUAAUGUGAGGUUCAGAGUAGGAAAUAGUUGAGACCUAGUACCAAGGUCCUUAGAAAAGGGCUCUUAACUGCUAAAGAAGCAUUAUUGUGAACCUCAUGCUAGGAGACAGUUUCUCCUUAGCUGGAGGAACAGAGCGGGGACUUUCUACUGCAGCUGACUUUCUGAGCCAUAUUCACUCUGCAGGAAUACCCCCAUCUGUGAAGACCUAGUUAAUUGGGAACAGUGAGGGAGGGCAUAUUCACACUGUUCUCUGUGAGAAGUAGAGUGGUGCUGGUGGGAUCUGGAUCCAUUCCAGGGCACCUAGAUUUGUGCCUCAGUUUAGUUGGUUGCUUGUGUUUAUCCAGUAUUAAGUUGCAGAUUGAACUUCUUCAUUUAGAGAAAGACCUGGGACUUAUGACUCUUAGUUCUUGUUUUGUUUUACAACAGACUUUCUGCAGUUGAGAAAACCGGCUGGCUCCUUUUGGUUUUACUUUGUGAAGCCCACAUCAUUCUGAACUUCCUCUGCUUCCCAGAACUGCAGAGAGAUCUGAUGGUUUAAAAUCACAUAAUUAAUUUCUCAGCUGUAGCUUAGUCAAACCAUUUAACUGCAUUGUGGUGAAAACAGGGACUGGGAGUUCUGGGCUCUCUUGCUGAAUCUGAGAUUUACCCUGGGGGCCAGGACAAAUUACCUCACCUCUCUGUGCCUCAGUUUCUUUGGGAGUAGAGAUCAGCUGCCUAUUCACCCACAGAGAAUGGUUAGGGUUAGUUGAAUGAAAACCACUGUAUAACUGCCAAGUAUUUAUUUCUUAUUAAUUUAUGGAAUUUGUCUAGGGUGUGCAGGGUUUUUUUCCAUUCAGUCACUCACCAUUAGGCUUCUGAAAUCCAUGAGCCCCUUCAGAGAGGCUUAUUACCCCUUACUCUUAAUGUUUAUAAACUAGCCACAAAACCUCAGUAUUGAUUUACAGCCUUACUGCAGCAGCUGCUGAGGGGUCUGAGAGAAGUGAAGUGGUGGCAGAAUAAACUUAGUGAGAGUGGAGCCAGACAGGAGUGUAGGAAGCAUGGUCUAUUUUUAGGACAAGCCUGGCAUAUCCCAUAUUUAUUAAAGUCACAGUUCCAGAUGCCUCACAUGGGCAAAGGGUGCUGAAGGGCUGAGUUAAUUUUAACUCCUCCAGCUGACAACUAACAUGGACUGUGCGCAGGAACCAGAAGGGCUGAGACUUCAGGCAGAACCAGUUACUGACACCAUUCUUGAGAUUGGGCAGAGACUUUUCCAGGUCAAUCGUGGUGCACUAUCUCUCCACAGUCGCUAUUUUGAGGCCAUGUUUUUUGGGGGCACUAGAGAGAGCUCCGAACACCACAUAGUGAUCAGAGGAGUAGAUGCAGAGACUUUCCAAGUGCUUCUUGAGUUCACUCGCACAGCCAAGGUGCUCAUAACUCUGCACAAUGUCACCCGCCUGCUGGAAACAGCUGACUUCCUCCAGUUUGAGAGAGUGAAAAGGAUGUGUGAGAAGUUCCUGGAGAGGGAGCUGCAUGUUUCCAACUGUCUGAGCCUGAUGGCCUAUGCCCAAUGCUUUGCCUGUCCAGAGCUUCAUGCAUCAGCUCUCAGCGUGGCUCUCACACACUGGACGGAAGUGACUUCUCAGGAAGAAUUUAAGAAGCUUCCCAAAGAAAUUUUGCUGCAGCUCCUGCAAAACGAUGACCUCUUUGUUCCCCGAGAGGAUGUCAUUUUUGAUACUGUUAUGAAAUGGAUAAUGCAGGACCCAGCAUCUAGGGAGGAUGCCUUCUUGGACUUGGUCGGGCAGGUCAGGGUAACCUUUCUGAGUCUUUCCUUCCUCGAUACCUUGGUGAAACGAAGCAGAUGCCCUGGAGAGAAGGAUACCUCUGCCAGGCUGCUAAAGAAGUUAGACAGCUGCCCUCCGCUCAGCUGGAGGAACGUGGAGCUGUCUCAUUGCACCAGCAGGAGCUAUGAGACUCUAUAUGUUCUGGGAGGGAAGCAUGAUAAGGAAGAGCAAGAAUUGUUUCAAUUUCAACCUAAAUCUGGCACCUGGCAUCUUUGCUCCCCACUGCAGCGCAGGAACCUCAUCCAGUAUGCAGUGGCAGCAGUAGGGAACUUCCUUUUUGUGACAGGAGGUUAUUUCCGAGAUGAGUUUGUGUGGUACAGCGUGGACUGGGUGUUGAUUUAUAAUUGCUGGGAGAACAACUGGCUGGAAGGGCCUGCUAUGAAGCAGUCUCGCAACAGUCAUUGUGCUGUAGGGGCUGGGCUCUAUCUGUACGUGCUUGGAGGGAGCACAGAUGAGGGCAUAAUCCCAGAUGUGGAGCGCCUGGCAUUAAUGGACUCGCAAUGGCAAAACAUGAGCCCCAUGGUUCAGCCUGUGGAGAGAGCAGGUGCAGUCAGUGUGGGGACCAGGCUUUAUGUGGUCUGUGGCCUGGAUGAAAAGGGAGAUGUGUAUGGUGGAGUGCAGAGACUGGACAUGGAAAAGGAUAUUUGGGAUGUUAUCUCCUUCUCACCACUUCCCAGGUAUGACCUCUGUGUUACAGCUCUGAAUGGAGCGCUCUACACCAUAGGAGGUGCAGCCUUUCGCUUUGAUAUGGACACAGAUGAAUGGACCCAAGUGGAUGAAGAGUGCCUGACUCAGAAAUUCUUCAUGGGAUGCAGCACCGCGAAUGGCCAAAUUUAUCUCCUGGGACAGAGGAAGGGGAACAUGGCUGUCCCCAACAUGGUGCUCUUUGACCCUUACACUGACACAUGUCAGGUGGUAGAUAGCAAAUUCCCUUGCCCUGUUCCUAUUUAUGGGUGUGUCUCUAUACGAAGAUUUGACACAUGAGCUUAAGCAAGGCUGGACGCAGGCCACUGUACAGAAAGGGAGUCCAGUGUGUUAACGCUUACAAGGGGUGCUAUUUAUUGUCUGUAGAACUUAUAGAAUCUUGAAAACAUCAUUUAUUCCUCUCCUGAUUUUAUCUUUUUCAGUUUGGCAAAUGCUGGUGUCCUUUGUCCUCAAGGAGCCAACAUGGCAAUGGAAGAUUUGCUCCUUUCUUUAUCAAGAUAUCGCCGCUGGUGUCA